CAAAUAUAUACAUCAACUUCCAUCCUUAUCCCACCCCUCAUAUCCACAUUUUGCUUCAUAUAUUCCAAAGAAACACAUAAAGUUUAGUCACUUUUGUAUUUUUUGUUUUUCUUCAAGGUACUACAUAUGCCAGAACCCAACGUGAACGGAGCCUAUUAUGGCCCCUCUAUUCCACCACCAACCAAAACCUACCACCGUAGCCAUGGUGGCAGUAGUUGCAACCCAUGUAGUUGUCUCUUCAACUGCCUAUGCACUUGCAUCUGCCAAAUAAUCUUCACCCUUCUCAUCAUCAUUGGAGUCAUUGCAUUAGUCCUAUGGCUCGUUCUACGUCCUAACAAGGUCAAAUUCUACGUGACAGAUGCCACGUUGACACAAUUCGAUAUGUCCACCACAAACAACACCCUUUACUAUGAUCUUGCUCUCAACAUGACUGUUAGAAAUCCCAACAAGCGAAUUGGGAUUUACUACGAUUCGAUUGAAGCUAGAGCUAUGUAUCAAGGGGAGAGAUUUGCUAGUCAAAAUGUGGAACCGUUUUAUCAGGGUCAUAAAAAUACUAGCACUUUGCAUCCUGUGUUUAAAGGACAGAGUUUGGUACUAUUGGGAGACAGAGAGAAAUCAAAUUACAAUAAUGAGAAGAAUUCAGGAGUUUAUGAGAUGGAAGUGAAGCUUUAUAUGCGUAUAAGGCUAAAGGCUGGUUGGAUUAAAACACACAAAAUUAAGCCCAAAAUUGAGUGUGAUUUUAAGGUUCCUCUCGAAUCUAAUGGAAGAUCAUCAUCUGCUAAUUUUGAGGAAACUAGGUGCCAUCUUGAUUGGUAGAUUUAUUCGAUCAUGGCACAAUUAUUGAUCAUCUUCACAUUUAGUUGGGGCUUAUUUCUGUUCCCUUGUUCUCUAUAUUCUUUAGAUUUAUUGUGUUUCCUACAUUCAUUGGACAUUAGUAGAUAUUCUUGAUUAUGGGAUUUCUGUCCUUCUGUUUUUCCGACGUUGUUAUUUGCAUAUAUAUGGUUGUUAAUAAAUAAUGAGUUUCCUUUA